AUGUCGGGCAGGGGAAACGCAGUAAAAGAUAAAUACUUUACUAGAAGUAUAGGCAUAUUUGAACCUGAUUCUAAGGAUAAAGUGAAUAGUGAUGAAAGUGUCAGUGAAGAUGUUGAUUUUAAUGAUAAAGAUAUUGUAUCUCUGUUGGAAGAAAGAUACAAGUUCAUGAAUGAUAAUACAUCUACUAGAUAUCGGAUUAGAAACGACGAGAGAGUAUAUUCCGUGUUCCCAGAGUCAAAAAGUAAUCGCAAACUGGAGUGGGCCUUCCGUGCGUUCGCAGUGCGUCGUAUAGUUGGCGGCAUGGAGACGAGCAUCAGCAUGUAUCCGUACAACGUCGCAAUCUCCAGGAACGGCAAGCACUGGUGCGGUGGCUCCAUCAUUGACGAACAGUGGGUGCUGACUGCUGGACAUUGUUUCGAGUCGUAUUUUGAAAAUAAAAGGAAACUUCUUCCCUUCAUUAUCAGAGCAGGGAGUUCGUUCCACAAUCACGGGGGAUAUCAAGCCCGAGUAAACAAGGUUUUCUUUCCAAAUAAUUACUCUCCAGGCAAUGCGGACUACGACUUUUCCUUACUCCGGCUAGAUCGUCCGAUGCCUAUUGGUCGUAAUAUAGCAGUUCUAAAUCUACCUGCGAAGGAAUAUCACAUAGAACCUGAUGAUAUACUUAUUGUCACUGGAUGGGGAAGCACACAUGAGUCCGGUUACGGUAACAUUCCGGAGCGGGUUCGCUUUGUGCCGGUGCCGGUGAUGAAACUGGAGGCCUGUCAGAAGGCCUACCGGUUCUACAUCACGCAGCGGAUGCUGUGCGCGGGAUAUGCCUCUGGAGGGAAAGACGCUUGUAAUCACGACUCAGGCGGGCCAGCGGUAAGGGAAGGUGUUUUGCUCGGAAUAGUCUCGUUUGGGGGAAAAAAGUGCGGCGACCCGCGGUCCCCCGGUGUUUACAGCAGGGUCACUGAAAUCACGCACUGGGUAGAGAAAACCAUCAGUAACAACGAGGCAUGCGAUGUGCCAGAGCUGAAAGCGAAAAUUGAAAAGGCUAGACAAAGAGAACGCGAGUUGCAGAGGUUUAAGGCUAGAGUAGAAGAUAAAAAGAAUAAAAUUAAGAGCUGGCUGCGAGACACACUCAAAUCCCCAAGUUUUCUAGAAAGGGCCAAGAAAAAGCUUAUAGAGGCUGGGUUUCAUUUUAGAAGGAAUUUUAGAAAAUUUGACGAAUCAGUAGCAGUCAUGGAUGAUAAAACUAUGGAUGAAAUCAAUUUAUCUAAUCAGAUUCACGAGCGAAUAUUAGAAGAAGACGCAGAAAAAAACGAGGCGGAGGUGUUUCUGAGAACUUUAGCAAUGCAAGAGGUUAUAUUCAAUAGGGAUAGCAAGGAAAAAUUUUCUUCCAGAGGUUCUGAUGGUAGCGAAGAAAAUAUGGAAGCUAUAAUAGCGUAUUUACUCAAGAAAUAA